AUGUCUGUAAAGGACGACGAUGAUCCACAUACCAGCCAAAUAGAAAUACAAAUUACAUCUAUUGAAGCUACUCACAGUCAGUCCAUACCCCCAACACCCCCAACUCGCCUUCCCGAUACCCUAUCCCCUGCGACCAACGUUCUAUCAUGGUCAACAGGAUCAUCGUCGGGUGAAGAACCAGUACAAUAUGAGGAGUUGAUGCCGCCGGCAAAUUUUAAUAUGGUCUCAACAUGGGUUUAUCGAAGUAGUUUUCCAAAAAAGAAGAAUUUCGCGUUUCUGAAAAAGUUGGGAUUAAAAAGCAUAUUAACUCUGAUAAUGGAAGAAUAUCCGGAACAGAAUAUGAAAUUUCUCGAAGCAAAUAAUAUCCAUUUAUUCCAAUUUAGAAUAGCUGGGAACAAGGAACCAUUUGUUCAGAUUCCUGAAGAUAAAAUAUGUGCAGCUCUAGCAGUUAUUUUAGACAGAAGAAACCAUCCGAUAUUGAUUCAUUGCAAUAAAGGAAAACAUCGAACCGGUUGUUUAAUUGGAUGUUUACGUAAAUUACAGCGAUGGUCUCACACUUCAAUAUUUGACGAAUAUCGCCGAUUCUCUCAUCCCAAGUCGCGGUCCAUGGAUCAGCAAUUCAUAGAGCUAUUUGAUGCAAGUCAAGUAUGGCGAUUAGUAGAUAAGCAGUGGGUGCCCAAGUGGGAAAGUAUCAAGUGA